GAUAAGCAUCACAUGUCGUACGCCCUGCACCAGGCUAAUCUGGACUUCAAAAACAACAUGCUACACCGGACCAUGUAUGCGUGUAUCCAGGAUGACUACAGCAACAUGACACAGACUAAUUUCUGGAAGAAAAUGUACACAACGGGCAAUGCCUACCCCUUCGACGAGUUUGGUCGGCGUGUGGAGGGACAGAAGAUCCCCCCCGGGCUCAAGCAGCUGAAGGACGAUCCCUAUCGCACUCUCUCGCGCUACGUCCGCACCAGCCACGGCUAUGUGAAGUGCGGGGGCAAAAAAACCAAGCACCUGGAACAAUGCGCGACAGAUGCCCCCUUCUUCAUCGAAUUCCUGUGGGCCAAUUUCCUACGAGAUCGCCUUCCGCUGAUUGAGGAUCCAAGCACCCCGGUUAUCCGCCCGCCGUCGGAGCACUUCAUUUACGAAGCAAGUUUCCAGGCUCAGGUCACAGGAUUGGGUUCUAUUUUAGAGCAGGCUGUUGAUGUAGCUAUGAGCGAUGUCGCCAAGGACAUGCCUGGUUACAAUUUAUCGCCCGAUAUAUGGAAGAAAGCCAUAGCUGAGAUUGACAAAAUCGGGUGUGACAAUGAUACAUCGGAAUAGUGCUUGGUAGUUGUGCUAUCAACUAUGAUUAUGUAAAGUGUACAGAUGAUGAGGAAGGAAAUGUAAAUCAGUAAGGGAGAACAGCUUCAAGCCGCAGGACUGUUAUCAUUACCUCGAUAAGGAUAGUUCAGAUUGUCAACUACUGAAUGGGGGGGACAAUAUCGGACGCCAUACCAAACAUUGCCCAGGACAAGUUGACCACGUAUUGCACUAAUUGAGAAGUCAGAAAGAACCAGGAAACUAGAAUAAACCAAGUCUAGAUAUUGGAG